AGUCGGCCACUCCUCUUUGACCUCCACCCGAUUCUCGUCGAUCGAAAGACAUCCCCGAUUCCCCACCCACCCACCGAGCCCUAACCCUAACCCCGGCGACCGAAGAUGCCGGCGACGGCGGGGCGCGUUCGCAUGCCGGCGAACAACCGCGUGCACAGCAGCGCGGCGCUGCAGACGCACGGCAUCUGGCAGAGCGCCAUCGGCUACGACCCCUACGCCCCCGAGAACAACAAGCAGCAGGCCCCCUCCUCCUCCGUCUCCGCCAACGCCGCAGCCGCGGCAGCCAACGCCGCCGCCGAAGCCGCCGCGCCUCCCUCCUCGGACCCCGGGGCCUCGUCGGAGAACGCCUACACCAGCUUCCAGGGCCUCCUCGCGCUCGCCCGCGUCACCGGAUCCAACUCCGACGAGACCCGGGGCGCCUGCAAGAAGUGCGGUCGUGUUGGCCAUCUCACCUUCCAGUGCCGCAACUUCCUUUCUGUCAAGGAGCUUGCCAUGGACGACGACAUCCAAGCUGGCAUGCUGUCCGCCGCGCAGGCCAAGGCCAAGUUCGAGGAGAUCACGAAGAAAGCCUCUGGUGCCAGAGACGCUGACGAGGAGGGUUCUGACGAGGAAGAUGAGGAUGAGAUUGACAGCGAUUCCUCUGAUUCUGAUAUUGAUCCCGAGCUGGAGAGGAUAAUUGCUGAACGGGAGCGUGCCAAGAGCCGUGGAGGGAAGCGGUCAGGGGAGGAGGACAAGAAGACAAGCCGCCAUAAGAGCAAGAGCAGGGGAAGAUCGAAGCACAGGAGGAGCAGGAAGAGUGACAGUGAAGACGAUUCGGAGGAGGAGAGAACCAAGGACAAGAAGAAGAAUAGGCAGAAGAAGCACAGAUCCUCAGAUGAGGAUAGCGAGAGUGACUCUGACAGGAAGAAGCACAGGAAGAGUAGGAAAGAUAGGAAGAGGCGGAGGAUGCACCGCCGGAAGGAUGACUCAUCAGAGGAUGAUGAAUCUGGAGGGGAAGAGAGGAAGCAUCACCGCCACCAUAAGAGGCAUCAUCACCGGAGGGAUGCAUCUGGUAGUGACAGUGAUGGCAGUGAAUCCCCACACGAAAGGAAGCGAUCCAGUAAACAGAAGAGCCACAAGAGGUCAGAAAGCCAUGGAUUGGGUGAGGAUGAGCGACAUUGUCCGCAGGGGGCAAGUCGCUCUGGAGAGAAGAGCAGGGAGCAUAAGAGGGGCUAAAGAGGAGCGCUGAAGUGGUAAAUUGUACUCAUCGGUGUUUGCAACAGUGCUUGUCCUUUGUUAUUUGUCUUGUCAAAUGGUUGUUGCAUUUUAAGCAUGAUUCUUAAUAUGUGUAACAUAUUUGCGUAUUACUGUUUGUCAGUGGCUGAACUAUCCAUAUAUGCAUAAAUGGCGUUGCCUUGAAAUCA